UUGUAAUUGGAUGGAGUUUGAAGUAAAUGUAACCAAUGGGAUGCUUCUCUGAGAGACUGACAGUUUUGAUCUCUAAUCAAGUACACUUGUUAAAUUGACAGGAUAAUUUGAUUGGAUUAAAAUAAUAUUAUUAUCAGAGCAAAGGUAAACUGCGCAGGACGUCGGACGUCCCAUCAGUUUGAGGAAGUGCGUCCUUUAGGAAUUUAAAGUCAUUACAUCAGGGGGUCUGGAUACUGAACAUAUUUAUCAUCAUCUGCCCUGCUUGACGUCUUCAUAGCAGGAAAGAGCAGGCCUGCUACCCCGGGGUACAAAGCAGCUCUGAGCCGCUGAAAACAUCGACUGCAUUUGCAACUGCACAGUCUUCCUUCUCAGACGUGGGUGGCAAACGCAAAUCUUCCGGUGCCGCAGCAGAGAAAGGUGUCAAGGCACCAGACCGAGAAGUGAGGACACGCCGCGAACAGUGAAUGACAGCAUAAAUGUAUCUUCACGUAAAGCCACGGUAGGAGGAAAAGGCAGCGAGAAGCUCAUUGUUUUUUAUUGCAACAGAGGAGGAAAUAAUGAUGGUGAUCAUGAUCGGAAGGGGAUUUUGCAAGCCCAGAUUUGGAAAACGUGGAAGCAGGACCGGAUUGUGUCCUUCCCUGUGCGGGAUUCUGGUGUGCGCGGCAGUGUUCGCGUUUCUCUUCGUGGACUUCAUUGAGACGUGGGUCACCUCGGUGGGCAUGAGCAGGACGAUGGAGCCGCAUGCUCCCAUCAUCUCGCCCCAGAGCUUCCCCCCAUCCAGACCCGAGGAGUUCCUGCUCAUGCCCAGCCCGCUGGUGUGCCAGCGCGCCAAGCCUUACCUCAUCACAAUAGUCACGUCCGCACCUGCCAAUCAGCGAGCUCGCCAAGCCAUCAGAGACACCUGGGGAGGAGAGGUGGAGGUAAGGGGCCUACGGGUCAUGACCCUCUUCAUGGUGGGCGUGGCCUCUGAUCCUGGCCUGGGAAAGCUGCUGAUAGAAGAAGCACGGGAGAAAGGGGACCUGGUUCAGGGCCGGUUUUUGGAUUCCUACUCCAACCUCACUCUGAAGACCCUGGCCAUGCUGGGCUGGGCCCGCAGGUUCUGCCCUCAGGCUCACUUCAUGGCCAAAGCGGAUGAUGAUGUCUUCUUCAAUCCUAGUGCCCUCCUGCACUUCCUGAACAAAAGCCGGAACUCCUAUGAGCAAGGUGACAUGUAUCUUGGUAGAGUCCAUCUCCAUGUGGCCCCAAACCGUGACCCGGAAAGCAAGCACUACCUCCCCUCAGGGGCCUACCCGUUGUCUGUGUUUCCUGACUAUUGCAGUGGUACAUCCUACGUGUUUUCCCGCUCUGCAUUGCUCAAAGUCACCCUUGCAGCCUCAGCAUCACCUCUAUCCACGCCUUUACCCCCCGAGGAUGUGUUUGUAGGCCUCUGUGCCUACGCUGCUGGAGUGCGGCCCUCGCAUUGCCCUCUCUUUGCUGGGGGUCCUCCUGUGCCAUACGGCCGUUGCUGCUAUCAGGCCAUGGUGUCCGUCCACCAUGUCACACCCAAGGAGAUGCUGGAAUACUGGAAAGAUGUCCAUUCAUCCCCCACCUGCUCCUGGCUGAGUCAGCGUGCUUCUCUGGGGAUGUGCAAAGUCAGGGCAAUCCUGGGCACAGCCCUGGGCCGGGAGCAAUGACUGUGACUUUUACUAGGAGGUUGGACUCACAGGCACUUUGCCUUGCACAACAAGCUGUGAAUCUACCUGCACUGAUUAUUUAAGCCUAUUGUCAUUAUUAGAGCUUUAUUUUUAUAAGAACAUUACAUUAUUUAUCUUUUUUGUUCAGAAAACAGGAUAAGUUCUGGUUUUCUAGGUCUUUGUCUCACAGCAUCUAGCUUUGUGACAUGCAGCCGAUGAACAAUAUAAGCAUGCUGCUUAUGCAGCUGCUCAUGAUGAAUGCAUGUAGGAGAAUUGCUUUCAGACUCACUAUCUCCAAUAUUUAAAUGCUGCAAGUCUCGUCUAUUCACACACAGGCAGUCUAGUAUGAGGUUCGUUUGAUUGUAGUACCCAGUCUAAAAGCCUAAAUGCAUGUAUCGCAAAACCAAAGCAAUAGAUUCAGUCCAAUCAAACACAAAUACUCUAUAGUACAAGUUUAUUUUAAUUACAUUCAGUGUAGGCAUGCAAUUUAAAUGGAGGCAAGAAGCAGACUCGGCUCAAAGUGUGAUUUAAAUUACCAGUUUAGGUGACAGAUUUUUAACACUGGUUUACUUUGCAGCCAGAAACUGAAAGUACAUCAUAAAACAGCUGCACUUUAACUACUCUGGUAACAGUGAAGUAAUUUCACAAAGGAUAUACUGAAUUUCUGGUGUGCCUUGGUACAUAAAAAAAACUAUAAUAGAAAAAUGUUUUUUUUAGGAAAUGAAGGAUGUAUACAUUUCCUGAGCUUUUUUGUUCUUUUUUCUUACUCUGGAAAUGUAUGGAUCAAAUUGCGGCCUCAAUAAAUAACAUGUUGAGUAAAAUCGGUCUGCUUCUUUUACUCUGUUUUUCCGCUGAGCCUUCCUGCGUCUCCAAGACAGAUAAACAAAAGUUCAAUUUACAAGAGAAAAAACAAGUUGAGGGAGGCUAAAAUUCUAAAUCUGACAUUUACUUUUGAGAAAUUACCCAGUUUUAAUCAACACGAUAAAAUAAUCUCUAGUUAUUCAGAAAAUACACCUGAAGUUACCACAAUUUAACAAUGACCGUAGUACAGAUGGCAUCAGUUCAAUUUAGAAAGUAACUGCUUUAGGCCACAUUAUCUCAUGAUUAAAAACUGUAUACCCUUUGGAAAUACCGAGCUAUAAAUGCUUCUUUGAGCUCAGAAUAAAACGGUUUCCAGACAAAUGGAGUCAGAUAUUGGAUGCUUGAAGGCAUUGUCCUGAAGUUUCUUUGUCAAACAUUUUGUUGCGCUAAGGUCAGCACUCUGAUUUUUCUAACGACUAACUUGUAAUUCAUGUGAUUUCUUUUAUACAGUUUUGGUCAGAAGUUGCAUACGUGCAUCAAUGUUAUCAUUUUGUGGCUUUUAUUGAUCUUUUCCUCCCACUUCUUUUUUCUGGUUCAAUUUUUAUACAACUGUAAAACAACUGGGUGCACUUAAAUUAUUUAAUUUACUGGGGAUUUUCUCUAAUCUACAUUAAGUCCAAAUAGACUUGAAAAAUACAAAGCUGUGAAAAAGUAUUUACCCCUUAACAGAUUUUUUUCUAAACUUUUAGAUCUUGUGCAUUUUCAGAUUAAAAAGCUGAUCAGAGGUAACCUGAGUAAAUGCAAAAUAAAAUUUUUAAAUUAUGACAUAUUUAUUAAAUGAGGAAAAAAAACCUCCCGAACCCACCUGACUUAAUGUAGAAAUCAAUGAUCGCUCCCUAAAACUAAUACCUGGUUGUGCCAAACUUCGCAGCAACUGGUGUCAAGCUUCUGUGAUAGUUGAGGAUGAGUCUUUUACAUCACUGAGGAGGAAUCUCAGCCCACUGUUCUUCGCAGGUUUAUUUUCAUUUAGCCAUAUUGUAGGGUUUUUGAGAAUGAACAACCUGCUUAAGGUGAUGCUACAUCACAUCAAUUUAAUUUCUUCAUUCUACAUGUCUGGCAGGAGACCUGUGUGUGGAUAGAGAAAGGUAAUUGAAAAUUAUACAACACAGGCAACUUAUGAUUUAACAAGGGGGGAAAUUGUUUUUUUUCCAACAGUCGGGUUGGUUUGGAUAAUUUUUUUCCCCUUAAAUGAAAUCAUUUUAUAACUGUUUUUUUGUAUUUAUCUGGGUUACAUUUCACAGGUCCACAAAUUUGUUUGAUGAUCUGAAACUUUUCAGCCUGAUUUAAAAAAAAAAAAACUGAAUAAAUUAGUUGUAAAGCUGCCUUCUGGAGUGAUUGCAUCACUAUUACCAGAUGGCCAAUAGUAUUUUUGAGAGGCACUUCCUUCUAUGAGCUUUACAAGGGAAGUGGUGGCAUAGAAAGCAGGGCAUUUGCAUUCUGGAGAGGCCUCAAGUUUCUCUGUUCAAAACACAGACUGCCAUUCCAGGUCCCUGAGCAAAACCCUUAACCCCAGAAUGCUUCUAGUGCGCUGCACAGUGACAGCCCACUGCUCCCUAAGGGAUGGGUUAAAUGCAGAGGACAAAUUUUGUUGGAAUGAUAAAUUGCAAUGACAAAUAAAUGUGAUUAAUAAUAUCCGUAGGCUGAUGCUGUCGAGUGCCUUGCUACGGUGUACUCAUGCGUUGCCAGGUACCAGUGACAGAAAGCCCCACCCGUUUCAAUGUAAAUAAAAUCUGUAAUUUCCCAAAAAGGGCAAAACGAUUAUUUUUAAUAACUACAAUUUAUGCAUUAGAACAUUAUCAGAGGUUUGAGAUGUCCCUUCCUGUGAAGAUGCAUGCAUGGUUCUGGUCAAGAACUGUAGUAUAUCAUAAACACAUCUAAAAGUAAACUUGUCUAUCAUUUGCACCUGAGCCAGACGGCGCAUUUAUUCAGUUUCACUGAUCCAAUCAGCAACAGUUUUCAUUUUCUAAUUAUGUGAUUAAACCUGUUAUGGGAUUCUUAAAAUCUGUUAUAUUCUAGCAAUUACCGCCUUAAAUUAUCUUCAGGCAA